AUGGACCGCGCCUCACAGCCUGCUCCAGGCCUCCCCCCAUCUCGACCCGCGCUCUGCCCAAUCGCACACCCAGCCUUUUUUUUCCUUCAUUCACACGAGGGCGGCCAUGGACGACCGUUGCAGCGCAGCGCCUUGCUACGAAGGACCCCCAACGCCGUCCUCGACGAGUGGCACGGCCAUUGCGGUGGGGACCUCGAGCGACGCGGCGAUCAUCCAGAGCAUCGAAAAGGGCGACUUGGCCAACGUCGAGGACAGCGACGACACCCACAGCCUCACCGACAGCAUCCGUCAGCACAUUGUCGACGGCGGUCUGCGGUACCAUGCGUACCGCGCGGGCAAGUACUGCUUCCCCAACGACGACAAUGAGCAAUCGCGCGAAAAUCUCAAGCACACGCUCACCGUCCACCUGUGCGAUGGCGAGUACUUUUUCGCCCCGGUGCACGAGGCAUUGGAGGAUGGUGCCAUGGUCCUGGACUUGGGAACGGGCACGGGGCAAUGGUGCAUCGAUGUGGCCGAUCGCUACCCCGACUCCGAGUUGCACGGUAUGGAUCUCUCGCCCAUCCAGCCGGAUUGGGUCCCCGAAAAUGUGCAAUUCCUCGUCGAUGACAUUGAGCACGAGGCUGGCUGGACGUAUCCCGAGAACCACUUUGAUUUCAUCCACAUGCGACACACGUUGCAUUCCGUCCAGAACCGAUCCGAGCUCUGGGAGCGUGUGUACUCCCAUUUGAAACCUGGCGGCUGGUUUGAGCUCCAAGAAUUUGAGUAUGCCGCAGCCUGCGACGACGAUUCAUGUCCCGACCCUUAUCCCUGGAGGCAAUUCUGUGACUACCUCGGCGAGGCCAUGGCCAAGCUUGGCUCCGACAUGAAUGGUAUCCUCUCGGCUGAGCACGAAAUGAGAGCGGCCGGCUUGCAGAAGAUACACGUCAAACUCUCCAAAUGCCCCGUCGGGCCCUGGGCCAAGAAGAAGAAGCUGCAGGAGUGCGGUCACAUCCUGCGCGACGUCGUCCUCAUGGGGCUCAACGGCCUCGCGCGCAGACCAUUCCGCGACGGGCUCCAUUGGACACCAGCCCAGAUUGAGCUUCACCUGGUCGACGUGCGCAAGGCCAUCACGGCCGAGCACAAUGGACUGCUCGUGCAUCACGCCUACUUCCCCUUUCGCGCGAUAUACGGCCGCAAACCCCUGGACGUUGCAUGACGGGGAGUUGGAGACGGCGCGGAUUUACGAUUUACGACUGUUCUACUGCAUCUCAUGGGAACUAGCAUAGCAUUGCAUUUGAAUUAUUUGACUCAGGUUGGUCCAGUCUACUGCUGUAGCUCGUUAAUCCCAAUAUCACGGGUGAGGCAGCGCAGCGUCAACUCAAUCGAGA